AUGCUAGACUUGCAUCUCACAGACCAGUCGUGCUUCGACAGCAGCAGCAGUGCUUCCAACGCUGCCACUGGCAGCUCUUCAGACCAACUUUCCGAUAAUCAGCCGUGCUGGGGGCCCUCUUGGACCACACCUCAGUCACAGACGCUAGCAUCUCCUCAAGUGCAGCUAGACAAUCUGGAGCAGCACUCAGCAUUCAGCGACGGCAGCUUGAGCAACAUUGCCGACUACCUUACGCCUUCGAGCGCGAGCUCCGACGAAGCCUCAGCCCUCCUUACCCCGUCAACAGCGCCCCACAUCUCUCCAAACACUUCCUAUGCUGGCACGGACUCUUGCAAACAGACGACAAGCAAAGCUUUCAAUGCUGUCGAUGGCAGAACUCUUGCUGCCGUCGCUCUUUAUACGAAUGCAUUGAGGGGCGGUCAUGACUCCCUCGCGCCUGGUCUUGGCUCUGCCAGUAUCCUAAGCGACAUGGCACCAUCUCAUUCUCAAGAGCUUCAAGAUCCGAAUCCUUUUGCCCAUCUUUCGCAUGAGGCCCGCCCCCAGCAAGAAUCUGCCGCGGCUACGAGUGCUCUUCUAUAUCCUUUCGUCAAUUAUCGGCUACAAGACUGGCGUAGUCUCUCCAACCAUAGGAACACAAAGUCGACUGGCUCGAUCCUCGAUCAAAUCAUCGGCUCAUGUAACGCCACAAAGAGCAACGGCCGCGCUCACGAGGCUUCGGCCAAAGUGCAGAGCUCCAAGAGCGGCUCGACGGAGUCUUACGAGCAGGAUUCAGCUUCCAAUGACCCAACGAAGCUAGCUUGCAAGUCAUCGCUCUCACAGUCAGCACUGUCAGAAGCAGGGGCAACUUGUGUCGAUGCUGACGUGUUGUCCCUAGCGCUCAUGAGUAGGGCUUAUGCGACUGCUUCUAGCGAGUCUUACCUCGUCCAUUAUCCGAGUGGUUGCAAGAUCUCUCUCGUCGACUCGGCCUGCAUUAGUCCAGCGGCAAACACUCCACUAGGUCAGCAGUCGUCCAAUUCGAGUGCUGCCUCUACCUCGAAGUCCUGCUUCCUCAUGUGGCAAAAGGAAGGUGCACGAUUUUCCGCCAGCUCUUCUGUCUCACUCGAUGGCCACGGCCAGCCGGAAAUGUCGGACAAUGCCGAUCAUUGUGGUUCUAUCACCACAGAUCGGUCACUGACUGGAGCGAUGGAAGUCCAGACGGACAGGGGCAGCUCCCCUGGUUCUUGUGAGACAAGGCAAGCACAGGCUGAGCUGGCGACACUAAGGGCCGACAACAAGGACUCCCAUUACGAGCGAGAGAAAGGGAGCAGGCAAUAUGAGUAUUUGGCUGCUGUUGUUCUGCCCGCCGAGGGCGAUCAAGAAUCCUUGCCUUACUCUACCAAGACCGACCAAGAUCCCCGACGAAUUCCCUCACGAGAGCAAUUUGAGGGAGACGAAGAUACCAGAGCACUUGCACAGGAGCCCAAGCUUGGUGCUGGCGACCUUUACACUCCCAAAUUCGUCAAAGGUCAUCGAACUGAUCGACAGGGCUGGUGCGAUUGCGGCAAGUGGCUGGGCAUGAAGUCAUCCGUCUACAACUACCAUGCCAGCAUCUGUCAUGGCGUCUCCUGCCGAACGGGCCGUCCCUUUGCUCCUCCUACUCAGAUUCGAUGGUGCAAAGAACUCAAGAUGGUCGAUGCUCAUUGCCACAAUUGUGACGAGUGGGUGAACAUCAUGCGAAAGAUGAUGCGUCACAGGACUUGGAAGAACUGGUUCGUACACGCUUCUCAUUGUCAUCACAAGGCUGCCAAGCCCAAAUCUACAGCACUUCAGCUGCAGCCGGCAGUUGUUGAAACGACUGAGGAAGUCAACUCAGAGGAACGAGAGCAGCCUGCGAAGAAGCGCAGCUCAGCUCCUUCGACCUCCAAGACUUCGAUCCGACUCAAAUGCUGCCGCACCAAGUAGAAGCCGCCGUGCAAGCCUUCAAACUCGGGAUAAGCAACCUGCCUCGUCGUCAUCAUCAUUCCUCUGAGUAACCUACCGCAAGGGGCUCGUCAUGACUCUGUCCAAUCCUAAUCAUCAACCUGGCGCCUUCGGAGAGGGGCCUUGUCCUUUCCAAGGUCUCAGUGUCAUCGGCAGUGCCCACUAACAUACCUUACCACUCCCGUCAAUACGCCGAAUAAUGUCAACGUACAAGCUGCUCCCAAGGUCCCAAGAUCGCUGCCUCUGCAGCGCUAGCGUUGCCAACGACUGGUCCGCAACUGACUUCAGACCCUUCCGCCGCCGUCACGAAGUCAAUUGACC